GCACGAGCUCGUAACAAUCAGUAGUCCAAGACCCUUCCCAAUAGCCUCGUGACCUGGUUAACUAGCGUCUCGGCUGUGUGUUUUCAUCUCGCGUACAGUUUCUUAUUAUUUUACGGUGCAUCGCAUCUUCCGCGGUGUGAUUUCUUCGAAACAAUUGUGUUUUUCGUAUUUUUUCUAAAGAGGUUCGCGAAUUAGAAUGAUUUGGAUUUAUAUGAUCGGGAUUUUUUGUACGGUUUGCGGGGGGUAUCUCAAUGCCCAACAGAUCCCCAAAACUUCGUUUUCUUGCGAUGGCAGACCUUCUGGCUAUUACGCAGAUGUGACCACAGGAUGUCAGGUUUAUCAUAUGUGUGACGGUCUAGGUAGGAAGUUCAGUUACACAUGUCCGAACGCCACACUUUUCCAACAACGCAUGUUGAUAUGCGACCAUUGGUAUAUGGUAAACUGCAGCAGAGCUACCCAAGAUUACAGCGCUAACCUACUCAUCGGUCAAAGAAACAAACCUUUCCUGGAUAAUGUUGGAUCAAAUACAUUUUCUAGAACUCCCAGACCCGAUUUAUUGGAUGCACCAUCUAAUUUCACGGAAUUAAAUAUUGUUUACAGGACUGGUGAUAAAAAUCUGUCACCAAGAGACUUCGUAGGUGUUGAAAGUGAAGAUGAAAAUUUUACCGAUGAACCAACUUAUUUUCCUCCCAGUUACUGGUCUACCGAAAUAGGAAGACGACCAUCAACUCCCGAGCCAGAGGCGAAUUAUUAUCAAUAUAAUCGUCAGAACACACAAACACAAAGCCGCAUUUCCAAAAAUAGAGGCAAAGCUAUAGAUUUUUCUUCUCCAAAUUUCAACGGGAACAAUUUGGUGAAAAAUACCAAAUCGAACUUCAAAGCAAGACCUUCAGUUUAUCCUCAAUUAGCUGAAGCUUCAAUACAACCACACGAUAAUACGGGAUCAGUACAACCUAACAUAGUACAAGAUUUACCAUUAGAUCUAUUACCACCAGACGUUUCCAAUCAAGAUAACAUCGGUGCUACGUUGAAACCAGCAUCAGAAGAAGAUGAAGAUAACCGAUCGAAAAUUAAUUACAGAUCAAGAUUUAGAGCCACUACUCCAGUUUAUCCUCUUAGAUUAGAUUCAACCAGCCAAGAUCCAUACCAAAUAGGAAUCCUUCCUCCAAAAGAAUCUGGUCUCAACUUCGAAUCUAGUUUUAAAGCUACUACUCCUCAAUAUCCUCCUUCUGUCGAGUCGACAAGUGUCCCACCAGACGAAGCGGGUUUAUUACCACCACACAAAGACGCGGUAUCACAAGAAAACAACAAUGAUAAAGUAAUUGUUAACUUUGAUUCUGAUUUCAAAGCUACAACUCCGAAUUACCCUACGUUCGUUGAACAGACCAGCGUUAAUCCAAUAGAGGUGGGAGUAUUGCCGCCUAAAGAGAACGGAGACAUUGCUAGCAUCAAUUUUCAAUCAAAUUUUAGAGCUACAACACCCCAGUAUCCUCCGUAUGUUGAUCCUACCAGUCCAGAUCCUAAAGAAGCGGGAUUACUACCGCCAAAUGAUCAAAAUACUUAUGUUAACUUUGAGUCUAAGUUCAAAGCGACAACUCCUCAAUAUCCUCCUUACGUAGAUCCCACGAGUCCUGAUCCAAACGACGUCGGAUUAAUACCACCCAAGAAUUUGAAUAAAGUCGUAUUCAAAUCGAGUUUUAAAGCUACGACUCCUCGAUACCCAAUUUCUGUGGAAACUACGAGUCCUAAUCCUUUUGAUGUUGGUUUAAUAGCUCCAGAAGAAACUAUAGUUAAUUUCCAUUCGGAUUUUAGAGCUACGACACCAAAUUAUCCCGCUUAUGUAGAACCUACUAGUCCAGAUCCUAGGGAAGCCGGUUUACUGGCCCCCCAACCUGACAAAUUGACAGGUUUCGAUAAUAAAGAUAAGAAAUCGACCGAUUGGUCAGUACCGUCGAAAUUCUAUCAACCACCGAUCUUGGAAUCGGAUUAUAACGUCGGGGAAGAGGAAUUGCAAGAGAUUCCCGGUAUAAAACUGUUGAAUUUUAUGAAGUCUUUCAACAACGAACAAUGGCAAGAAGUGCGACAAGCGUUCCGUAUACCGGAAUAUGAUUUUCCGUUGGAUGACGCUACUAGGCCGAGCUAUAAUAGCGUUAUCAAUUCUUUCCAACCUAGCAGAUAGUGAAAUUUCGAAUUGAGUGUUUUUAUAUAUUGGUAAACCUUAGCGUGGGGGUGAUAAUGACUUUCAAUAGAUGAGAAGAAGCUUUCCACGAACUUAAUGCGACACGCGGGUGUGUACUUACCUACAUCAUAAAAUUCGCAAGACUUUGCGUUGUUGAGGUAUUUCGAAAAUAUCAUGCGUAGUUCACGCGGGGCCUUCAAUUUUUUAAUUAUUUAUGCAAUUUUCUAAAGAAAUUUCCUUUAUUUAGUUUUCGAUUUUUUUUAAUUUUCGUUUCCAGACUUGGGAAAUAAUCAAAUUCACAAGGUUUUCCUGCUGGAAUUUCAAGAAAAAUAGAAAGUAGGAUCUUUUCCCAGAAAGUGAUUAGAUUUUCCGUGAACUAUCAGAAAAUUCGUAGAACUAAUGUAAUUUUCCUAAGAAGUUUGGAAAAUUGGGAAAAUAAACUGAAAAAAAUAUAAAAUAUUAAAAUUUAAUGAAAUUUCUCUAUUUUUCAUAAAUUCGCAAAAUUUUCCAGAAAUUACUUGGAUUUUUUGGGAAUUCUGAGAAAACUUUUAUUUUUCGAGUUAUUUAUGCAAUUUUCUAGAAAAAUUGCUCAGAAAAGUGUAAUACCUGAUUAAAAUUCGAAAAAACUUUUAGUUUUUUCGAAAUUUCACAAGAAUUUCUUUAUACAACUCCAUUUUCCGGAAAACUUUUUGAGAGUUAUUCAGUUUUUGUUUUUUUUUUGAAAUUAUUCAUAAAGUUUCUAGAUUUAAUCUUUUCGGAAUUACUGCAAAAAAUCUGACACUUGAUUGAAAUUUAAUGAAAUUUCUCUAUUUUUCAUAAAUUCGCAAAAUUUUCCAGAAAUUACUUGGAUUUUUUGGGAAUUCUGAGAAAACUUUUAUUUUUCGAGUUAUUUAUGCAAUUUUCUAGAAAAAUUGCUCAGAAAAGUGUAAUACCUGAUUAAAAUUCGAAAAAACUUUUAGUUUUUUCGGAAUUUCACAAGAAUUUCCUUAUACAACUCCAUUUUCCGGAAAACUUUUUGAGAGUUAUUCAGUUUUUGUUUUUUUUUGAAAUUAUUCAUAAAGUUUCUAGAUUUAAUCUUUUCGGAAUUACUGCAAAAAAUCUGACACUUGAUUGAAAUUUAAUGAAAUUUCUCUAUUUUUCAUAAAUUCGCAAAAUUUUCCAGAAAUUACUUGAGUUUUUUGGGAAUUCUGAGAAAACUUUUAUUUUUCGAGUUAUUUAUGCAAUUUUCUAGAAAAAUUGCUCAGAAAAGUGUAAUACCUGAUUAAAAUUCGAAAAAACUUUUAGUUUUUUCGGAAUUUCACAAGAAUUUCUUUAUACAACUCCAUUUUCCGGAAAACUUUUUGAGAGUUAUUCAGUUUUUGUUUUUUUUUUGAAAUUAUUCAUAAAGUUUCUAGAUUUAAUCUUUUCGGAAUUACUGCAAAAAAUCUGACACUUGAUUGAAAUUUAAUGAAAUUUCUCUAUUUUUCAUAAAUUCGCAAAAUUUUCCAGAAAUUACUUGGAUUUUUUGGGAAUUCUGAGAAAACUUUUAUUUUUCGAGUUAUUUAUGCAAUUUUCUAGAAAAAUUGCUCAGAAAAGUGUAAUACCUGAUUAAAAUUCGAAAAAACUUUUAGUUUUUUCGGAAUUUCACAAGAAUUUCUUUAUACAACUCCAUUUUCCGGAAAACUUUUUGAGAGUUAUUCAGUUUUUGUUUUUUUUUGAAAUUAUUCAUAAAGUUUCUAGAUUUAAUCUUUUCGGAAUUACUGCAAAAAAUCUGACACUUGAUUGAAAUUUAAUGAAAUUUCUCUAUUUUUCAUAAAUUCGCAAAAUUUUCCAGAAAUUACUUGGAUUUUUUGGGAAUUCUGAGAAAACUUUUAUUUUUCGAGUUAUUUAUGAAAUUUUCUAGUGAAAUUUCUCAGAAAAGUGUAAUACCUGAUUAAAAUUCGAAAAAACUUUUAGUUUUUUCGGAAUUUCACAAGAAUUUCUUUAUACAACUCCAUUUUCCGGAAAACUUUUUGAGAGUUAUUCAGUUUUUGUUUUUUUUUGAAAUUUUUCUCAACGUUUCUAGAUUUAAACUUUUCGGAAUUACUGCAAAAAAUCUGAGACUUGAUUGAAAUUUAAUGAAAUUUCUCUAUUUUCCGUAAAUUCGCAGAAAUUUUAUGAAAUUACUUGGAUUUUUUGGGAAUUCUGAGAAAACUUCAUUCUGCGAAUUAUUUCCGAAAUUUUCUAGAGAAAUUGCUCAGAAAAGUGUAAAACCUGAUAAAAAAUCGAAGGAACUUUCCGUUUCUUCCUGCUGGAAUUCCGAGAAAAAUCAAAAGCGGAAUGUUUUUCCAGAAAUUUAUUAGAUUUUCCGUGAACCAUCAAAACUUCGUAGAUUUGAUGUAAUUUUCCUAAGAAAUUGGAAAAAUAAACAAAUUUUUCGGAAUUACUGAAUAAAAUCUAAAACUUGAUUGAAAUUCAAUGAAACUUUUCGAUUUUCCAUAAAAUCACAGAAUUUUCCAGAAAUUACUAGGAUUUUUUUGGAAAUUCUGAGAAUCCUUCAUUUUUCGAGUUUUUUAUGCAAUUUUCCAGAGAAAUUAUGAGAAAUUUUCGCAAUUUUCCAGAUAUGUCGAGAAAUUGCUUGAAUUUCUGAAGAAAAUCCAAAGAAAUUACUCUAAUUUUCCAGAAAAUAAUCGAAUUGCUGCUAAAUUUCUGAAAUUUCUGAGAGACUUGACAGAAUGCCAGAGAAUGGUGAGCAAUUUCUGAAACAUCUGAGAAAUAAUCAAUUCUUGAUCUUGAUCUUGACCUAGAAAUUUAGACACCCGAGAAAUUACCUGAAAUAUUUGAAAGUUUCCGAUUUUCAAGAAAUCCCUAGAACCUUGCAGAAAAUCACGGUUAUUUUCCAGAAAUAGUUCUGGAAUUUUUCGCGUAAAUUAGUCAAGAAUCGAUUACAUUUAUUAUGUGAACCUUAAGCUUUGUUAUGCUUGCUAAAACAUGUUUCGCAAUUGGAAGAAAAUUGUUUCUAAUCUUAGAAUCAUUAAUUUUCAUAUACAUUUGAAGCAUUAAAAAAUAUAUAAUAUUGUCACCGUCUGCGUAGUUGUAAGCUUUGAAACAAAAACUAGUCCAGAUGUAAAAUAAUACUACGAAUAUUUAAUUGUAUUUUUUUAUUAUAUAUGAUAUUUUCAAAAUAAACAAUAUACCUGAAA